GUGCUGAACGUCACCACUUCUUGUCGCAAACGUGGUGCGCAUAACAUGUUUUGAGGAGGCGUUCUUUGUGCCAUUGUUCAAUCAAGUAAAAACGAGAAAACGGAUAAAUGGACCGUGGUUCAAAGCGCAGGCAGGUGAAGCCUCUGGCUGCCUCUCUGCUGGACGCUUUAGAUUAUGACAGCUCAGAUGACAGCGAUUUCGAAGUGGGAGACGCAGAUGCCUCAGGGUCAGAGGGUAGUGCCAUUGGGAGUGAUGAGGAGGAGGAGGGGUCCAAGGAAGAGAGCGCUGCUGAGGACUCUGACAAUGACAGCGGCUCGGACAACAUCGGCUCUGCAGCGGACGGCAUCGAUGAAGAACAGACCAAGGAGCUGACAGGUGACGACACCCCCACUGAGGAAGAGGAGAAGACCAAGGAACAGCAGCUGUCCUAUGACUCUAGCACCACCACCACUAAAGACCCUGCUCCAUCAGGGGUGCCCAGGGGCCGACGGAGGAGAGAGGAGAAGGCCUCGGACACAGAGGCUGGGAGCGGAGGAAGCGGGAGUGGCACAGGUAGUGGUAAUGCGCAGGACGGAGGCUCAACAACGGCUGCCACACAGGAGCCCAAGAAGUGGAACCUGCGUCGGAACCGACCCAUGCUGGAUUUCACCACCAUGGACGAGCUCAACGAGAUGGAUGACUACGACAGUGAAGACGACAAUGACUGGAGGCCCGCCGCCGGCAAGAAGAAGGGCAAGACGGCGGCUGCCCAGAAAGGAGGGAGCGAGGGAGAGGAGGACCACGACGGAGGGAGCGGUAGUGAUGAUGACGACGAGGAUGACGAUGGUGGUGGUGAUGAAGAUGAGAAUGAAGAAGGGAGCAGUAGCGACAGUGAUAAAGAGGUGAAGAAACCCAAGAGGAAAGUAAAGAGCAGCAGUGUGUUUGACGAGGAGCUGACCAACGACAGCAUGUCACAGGGAAAGAGCAAUGAGGAUGCCUUGCUGGAGCGUGCCCAGACGUGGAGCGCGGCGGCCCAGAGGAUGGAGCACAUCCUGAUCUGCUGUGUGUGUCUGGGAGACAACAGCGAGGACGCUGACGAGAUCAUCCAGUGUGACAACUGUGGCGUGACCGUACACGAAGGUUGCUAUGGAGUGGACGGGGAGAGUGACUCCAUCAUGAGUUCCGCCUCGGAGAACUCCACGGAACCGUGGUUCUGCGAUGCUUGCAAGAACGGAGUCACGCCCAGCUGUGAGCUCUGCCCCAAUCAGGACGGGAUCUUCAAAGAGACUGACGCUGGGAGAUGGGUCCAUGUGGUUUGUGCGCUCUACGUCCCUGGAGUAGCGUUUGGGGACAUUGAUAAACUACGCCCAGUGACUCUCACAGAGAUGAACUACUCCAAGUAUGGGGCCAAGGAGUGCAGUUUCUGCGAGGACGCCCGGUUCGCCCGGACAGGCGUGUGUAUCAGCUGUGAUGCUGGCAUGUGCCGAUCCUACUUCCAUGUGACCUGUGCUCAGAGGGAGGGGCUUCUCUCAGAGGCCGCUGCGGAGGAGGACAUAGCCGAUCCCUUCUUUGCGUAUUGUAAGCAGCAUGCAGACCGCUAUGACAGGAAGUGGAAGAGGAAGAACUACCUGGCACUCCAGUCCUACUGCAAGGCGUCUCUACAGGACAAAGAGAAGCAGCUGGCCCCUGAGGCACAGAACCCCUGGCAGGCCCGUAUCACCACCCGGCUGCAGCAGUACCGGGCCAGGGCAGAGCUGUCCCGUAACACGCGGCCCCAGGCCUGGGUCCCCCGGGAGAAGCUUCCACGACCCCUGACCUCCAGCGCCUCCGCCAUCAGGAAGCUCAUGAGGAAGGCCGAGCUCAUGGGCAUCAGCACGGACAUCUUCCCUGUAGACACGUCAGACAUCAGCGCAAGUGUGGACGGACGCAGGAAACACAAGCAGCCCGCCCUCACUGCAGACUUCGUCAACUAUUACCUGGAGAGGAACAUGAGGAUGAUUCAGAUCCAGGACAAUAUCUCUGAGCAGAAGAACCUGAAAGACAAGCUUGAGAGUGAGCAGGAGAAACUGCACGUCGACUACAACAAGCUGUGUGAGUCUCUGGAGGACCUGCAGAAUGUCAACGGUGUUCUGAGGAGUGAGGGCCAUGCCAUAUGGACCAUGUUGGGAGGAAUCCUAGGACAGAAACUGAACUCCCCGUCGGUCCUGAAAGCCCCUAAAGAGAGGAAGCCCAGCAAGAAGGAGGGAGGAGCUCCUGGGAAGUCCUCCAAUCUACCAGCUGUCCUCUACAGCUGUGGGAUCUGUAAGAAGAACCAAGACCAGCAUCUCCUGCUGAUGUGUGACACUUGCAAGCUCUACUACCACCUGGGCUGUCUGGAUCCUCCGCUGACACGCAUGCCCAAGAAGACCAAGAACAGCUACUGGCAAUGUUCAGAGUGUGACCAGGCCAGUAGCGAUGAUGCCGACAUCGCCAUGGAGACGCUGCCCGACGGUACCAAGAGGUCUCGGAGACAGAUUAAAGGACCAAUCAAAUUCAUCCCUCAGGAGAUGUCCCCGGAGCCCAAGAAACGAGAUGUGAGGGGCACGAGAACCAGAGGGCAGAAGAGGAAGAGGGUGUCCAUCUGUGAAGAAGAGCGGUUUGAAGUGCAGGAACCUGCUCUACGUGAACGGCGUCAGCGUCAGUCUGUAAUGCAGAAGAAGACCCCUAAAGCCGACGACACCAGGACUGACUGUACCUCCUGCAAAGGACCCGGGGACAACGAGAACCUCGUCAGGUUGUGAGAGCCGGGGCAGACACCUCUCCUCACCUCCCCACACCUAGACACUGCUGGACAGAUGAGAGAGAGAAGCAGACCUUUGGCUUAGAGACAGAGAGGGACUUAAUUACGUGGAAGAAUGACAGCGGCGGUGUGGGAUCAGAUGGCCAUCUUUGACGUUCACAACCAUGGUCUUCUUCAUGACCCAAAUUGGACCACCUACUGGCCGUCCAAUUAAAAUUGAGGGAGAGAGGCAGAAAUUGAAAUUAACUUUGAGGAAUUCUAAAAUACUUGAGCAAAUAAAAUGUUGGGAGGUUCAGUAUUACUGAACUGGUCAUUCUUGAAGGAAAUGACAUGUUGGUAUUACUGGACAGGCCCUUUGUGAUCGUCAUUGUCAACUCUAAGGGCCCUUCUAUGGCCUAACUGGACUAAGGAGUGAUUCCCCCCUCUCUCGCUCUCUCAUCCAUUCUAUGAUGGCACUUCACUCGUUUGACCUCCCUGAGCAUCUUAUCACCACAACCAAUCAGUUGUAUUGACUCCAGUCAUUUGUGGUCCAAUCACAUGGUGUUUUCCUCAGUAAAGGCCUUUAAUUGGAGAUGCACUUGAACUUAGGCUUUCAUAAUCUUCUUCUAGUGUUGUCGUCGGGUAGAACUUUCUAGAGUAGAGGACUAGUAGACCUUGAAAAAGUAGUGGUUUUUAGUAGAAUGAUUGCCAUUUCUGGCUUUUGAGAAGUAAGUUGCCGCUUAGGCCCAACAGCAGCCUAAGUUUUAACAUAAAAAUUAUAGCAACAUUUGUAUGAAUGGUUAUUGUAACUUCUAAUGUCAGUGUGUGAGUGUACAGUAGAUGUCUAGGCAUCUUAGUCUCCUUUCCUUCCUCUCAUUAGUAUUUUAAAGUGACAGUUUAACUGACACUUCUUUAAAAGCAGCCAAGCUCUGUGUAUGUGUGUGCGCAUCUCCCCAGUGCCCCAUAGUGAGUGCUGACAACUGAGUAGCUGCCAUGUGGUCCGUCUGUCUGUCAGGGUCCUUGACAGAAGUGUCACAGUUUGCCCUCACAUGUCACUCCUCCGCUCACCCCCAUCCCAGGACCCUCUAUGUCACCCCUUUUCUCUUCCCCUCAUCUGUCUGGGGACCCUAUAUGCAUGCGACUGGGAGCUGCCAAACCUCACAAUGCUUAGGUCCACUGGAAAAUCUGCUGAGCAAAUACAUUUGAUGGUUUUCCUAUGGAGAUUAGAGAUCCCUGUACAGGAUGACCUGGUGACUCCCCACGUCAUGUCACUCCAAUGAGCCCUCCUCAUCUUCGUUCUCCCUCUUCCUCCUCAUCCUCUUCUGCCUCCUCCUCUACAACAAAUUUAGAAGACUGUCCAUGAGAUCCAGCUAACCUUACUCAAGCUAACCCUUCUCAAGCUAACCUUACUACAGCUAACCAGCUAACCUUACUCAAGCUAACCCUACUCCAGCUAACCUUACUACAGCUAACCAGCUAACCUUACUACAGCUAACCCUACCACAGCUAACCAGCAAAACUUACUACAUCUAACCCUACUCCAGCUAACCCUACUCCAGCUAAACAGCUAACCCUACUCCAGCUAACCGUGCUACAGCUAACCCUCCUACAGCUAACCCUGCUACAGCUAACCCUGCUACAACUAAGCAGCCGACCUUACUACAGCUAACCCUACUACAGCUGACCAGCUAACCCUACUACAGCUAACCCUACUACAGCUAACCCUACUACAGCUAACCCUACUACAGCUAACCAGCUAGCCAGUUAACCCUACUACAGCUAAACAUACAACAGCUAAUCAGCUAACCCUACUACCACUAACCCUACUCCAGCUAGUACUACUACAGCUAACCCUACUCCAACUAAUCAGCUAGCCAGUUAACCCUACUACAGCUAACCCUACUCCAUUUAACCAGUUAACCCUACUACAGCUAACCCUACUCCAGCUAACCAGUUAACCCUACUAAUCAGCUAACCCUACUACAGCUAACCCUACUACAGCUAACCCUACUGCAACUAAUCAGCUAACCCUACUACAGCUAAACUUACUACAGCUAACCCUACUACAGCUAACCCUAUUACUAAUCCUUCUCCAGCCCUACCAUGCAUGGCUCUGUAUCUAACCGUUAGGCCUAGGGCUAGGCUAUGGCCAACUCUGUAUCUAAGCCAUUAGGGCUAUAGUAGUCUACAGUAAAUGUACUUUUAACCUGAGAAUAUGUCAUGUGUUCCAACAGUUUAGAAUGUGUAAAACAAACACCUUUUUAGCUGUGUUGUGUGAUCGUUGUGUACAGUAUUUAAUGACAAGGCCAAGCUUUUUUGUGUAUUUUAUUUGUGCCUUCACACUUGAUUUUAUAUCAUAAUAUGCCUUUUGUUAUUACUGUGUUAUGAAGAAAAUGAGUUAAGCUCACUAUUGAGUAGGAACCUUAAGGACUCCUUGCUAAACAUAUUCAUUGUUAAUAUAUUUGUUUACACACAUGCCUACAUGUGAUUAGUAUUAGUUUACAUACAUUUCUAUAUGUGAUUAUUUAUAAUAUGUUGUGGUAUUACCACAUUGGGUAAAAGUAACUGUGAUAUAUAGAGAAUAUUGCUACUCUCAUAUGUGUGUAUGUGAAGUAUCCUGGCCUCCCGGCCCCUAUAGCUCUCAGCAUUAAAGCUUGAAUAAACUCUUGACUUUUUCACCUUA